GAGGAAAGUGUUUGACCUCCCAUUUGGAAGCUGCCUCUUUCACAGCAAUGUGUAUGAUAAUGGGUCCUCGUUUAUUUAUGACAACUGCACGAUGUGCACAUGCAAGGAUUCAACAGUGAUAUGUAAGAAGAGGUGCUUACUUCCCGGUGAAUGCAAUAAAAACAAAGACCACUGCUGCAAGGAGUGUGUCUCAUAUAUCUCUCCUGAGGAAGUGAAAGUGUGCAAGUUUGGCAAUAAGAUCUUCCAGGAUGGAGAGAUGUGGUCCUCUGUGAACUGCACCAUCUGUGCUUGUGUGAAAGGCAAGACAGAGUGUCGCAAGAAACAGUGCAUUCCAGUCAGCAGCUGUCCUCAUGGUAAAAUCCUGAACAGAAAAGGAUGCUGUCCUAUUUGCACUGAAAAGCCUGGAGUUUGCACUGUAUUUGGAGACCCUCACUACAACACUUUUGAUGGACGGACAUUUAACUUUCAGGGAACAUGUCAGUACGUUUUGACGAAAGACUGCUCCUCCUCUGCCUCGCCCUUCCAGGUGCUGGUAAAAAACGAUGCCCGUCGGACCCGUUCUUUCUCCUGGACAAAGUCAGUGGACCUUGUAUUGGGCAGAAGCACUAUCAGCCUCCAGCAGCACCUCACAGUGAAGUGGAAUGGGACCCGCAUCUCACUACCUUGCGAGACACCGCAAUUUCAGAUCGAUUUGGAUGGUUAUUUGCUGAAAGUGACAACCAAAGCAGGCCUGGAAAUCUCAUGGGAUGGAGACAGUUUUGUGGAAGUCAUGGCUGCACCGCAUCUGAAAGGCAAACUCUGUGGUCUGUGUGGCAAUUACAACGGGCACAAGAGAGAUGACCUGAUUGGAGGGGAUGGGAAUUUUAAGUUUGACGUGGAUGACUUUGCCGAAUCCUGGCGUGUGGAGUCCAACGAGUUCUGCAGCCGCCCACAGAGAAAACCUGUGCCUGACCUCUGUCACGGGACAGUCAGGGUGAAACUCCGAGCUCACCGCGAAUGCCAGAAGCUCAAAGCGUGGGAGUUUCAGGGCUGUCAUUCAACGGUGGAUUAUACCACAUUUUACCGGUCCUGUGUGACAGACAUGUGUGAGUGUCCAGUCCAUAAAAACUGCUACUGCGAGUCAUUCCUGGCAUACGCCCGGGCUUGUCAGAGGGAAGGGUUGAAAGUCCAGUGGGUACCGGAGAAGAACUGUGCAGCAACCCAGUGUAAACACGGUGCAGUUUAUGAUACCUGUGGUCCGGGAUGUGUCAAAACAUGUGACAACUGGAACGAGAUUGGCCCGUGCAACAAGCCCUGCGUUGCAGGAUGCCACUGUCCAGCAAAUUUAGUUCUUCACAAAGGAAGAUGCAUCAAGCCAGUCCUGUGCCCACAGCGAUGACAUUAGUUCUCUUUCCGCAGACACUAAUGUGGGUGAUCACUGAGCCUUUUGAUGCUCACAGCCAGUGAAGGACUCCAGCUAUUUGUGUGCAGAUUCUGCAAAGUACAUGGCUACUCACAGAGUGUAAAUAUGCUCCUGUGUGUGUAUUUAUGUGUGUUUAAUACAUACACACAUGGCACCUAGAAAGAUAUAUAAAUGUAUGUUGUGUGUAUGUAGAUACACAUAUCUAUACACAAGUGCCCAAAACGUAAGUACAACCCAUAUAUUUAUAUAUAUAUGUCCACACACACAAAUAUACAUCAUUUCUAUAUAUCAUAGAAGGAUGAAUUAUUAUAUGUAUAUUUUUUGCUAUAAAGUUUAUGUAUUAUUAUUUCUAGGACCCUGAUCUGUAAGCCAUUGUAUAAAUAAACCAGGUGUUUUUAAUGUAGUAUAGUGGCAUGAAAAGAUUGGAUGACUUUGCAUUGCAGAAGUUUGUCAUUUCCAAGGAAACUUUUCUACAGCCACAGCACUGCCAGACUGGAUUAGUUUCAACACAGAACCUGGAUUUACAUUUGUACAGGAAACACAUUUCUCUGGAGAUGGAGGAUUUAUCUAGGAAUAUUUCAUGCGUACCUUAGAGCUGCAUAGUGAUUGGUGACAGUGCUUAAUCAGGCAGAGAAAGCUGGGGAUCGGCUUUUAUGCUUUACUGAAAUAACUGUGCAAAAGGAUUUCCAAAGCUGGCUGGCCAGCUGCCAGCAGAGAGAUAUUUCUUUCUGGAACAGCACCAAAGAGUCAGGGGCCAGAUUUUUUUCAAAAGUCUUCGGCACCCAGCAGCUCGCUUUGAAAAUUCGACCACUUCCCAUUUCAUAUCCUAAUGCCCCGUCUCUGUUGUUGUGUUUGGCAGUAGCUGUGAAUACACAAUCAGGAGCUUGAAGAAAAUAUUCAUGUACAUACUAACCCCUUUAACAUGUUUGAAACUGUUGGGUUUGUUUCAUAUUUCCCCCAAAUAUUAUGCAGACAGCAAAUCCCACUGUGGAUUGGAGUGUUUGAUUUCAUUGUGCCUUCAAACAUGAAAUAAUGUCGGGUUUAGUAACUCAUUUAAUUUAUCAGCAUGGUUUAGAACAAAGAUAAAUUCACCCCACCAAAAAACCAGUAGAGAAUGUCAAAUGCUAAUUGGAGAACCACAAUUUAUUUCCUUACUGGUCUUUUGCUUGAGGUUUAUGAGCAUGUGGGCUGUGUGAAGUCUGCAUGACUUUUGAAGUCUCCCAGGGGAGAAGCAAUAAUAUGGGAUUUCAUUAGAAACUGUUAAAAAAGCCAUACAACUUUCUCAAACCUGAAGGGAGGGGGGGGCUAUUUUUCUUCCACUGGAAAACCUCUUGUAGAGCCUGAUGGAAUGGUCUCUGGAGAUGAGGAAGAAAUCUUUGGGCAUCUGAUUUAGGUUUAUAAUGAAGUUAAUAUCCUCCCACACAGCUACUUUCAUUAUGCCUUGCAUUGAAAUUGCAUAUUGUAAUGCUUUGAACAAUUUUCUUCUUUAAUUCUUCACUCUCCAGGAAGUUUCGCAGGGUCUGAGUUUACAGUGAGCGAGUGGGUGCAACACACGUGGGUUAUACACCCUGUCUACGAUCCCAUCCUGGAGGAAGAUGCUGAGUGAGCCUGGUGAGCUUAGGAAUGCUGCACCACUGCAGUGUUAAAAAAGAGCUGGGCAAAUAAUGCCAGGAGCAUUCCAUGGAUGUUUAUCCAAAUCUUAAAUAGACUCAGUUUGAUCUUU